CACAGUCGCUGCAACCAUGUCACAAAGCUUGGACAACAUGUGGUCUGUGUGUGUGCUGUUUAUGGUAUUUUGUGGUCUGGUCGAAGGAUUAUACCGAGUGGACCCCCUCGUUUCAACGAACAAGGGCCUCAUCCGAGGUCUUCGCUCUGAUGAGGGAUACGCCCAAUUCAUGGGUAUUCCUUAUGCUGUAGUAGAUAAGAAAAAUCCUUUUGGGCCUUCAAUCCCACAUCCAGGCUUCGAUGGUAUCUUCGAAGCAUACGAAACAAAUGUGUGUCCUCAGAUGUCGAAUGAUGUAGCUAUUGGUACUAUUGAUUGUCUCACGAUGAAUAUCUAUGUACCAAGUGCUGCUACCUCCCAAAACCGUUUGCCAGUAAUGGUAUGGAUACACGGAGGAGCUUUUGUUAUAGGGAGUGCUGAAAAUGAAGGAAGCCCUAGAUUUUUAUUGAAACAUGAUGUUAUCGUAGUUAAAAUUAAUUAUAGACUUGGCGCUUACGGUUUCAUGUGCCUAGACAUUCCAGAAGUUCCUGGCAAUCAAGGUCUUAAAGAUCAAGCAUUGGCUCUGAGGUGGAUCAAAGAGAACAUUGAAGCUUUCGGAGGUGAUGCUGGACAAAUAACCAUAUUUGGUGAAAGUGCUGGUGGAAUGUCAGUGAACCUUCAUCUGCUAUCUUCGUGUGAGAGUUUGUUUCAGAGAGCCAUAAUCCAGAGCGGGCCCGCUUCCAGUGCUUGGUUAAUAAUGAACUCAGACAAGACAGUACCAAUUAAAUUGGCUGAAGCCUUAGACUUUGAAACUGAAGAUACUUUGGAAGCUCUGGACUAUCUUGCGUCUGUGGAUGUUCAUACAUUAACUAAACUUGCUCAUGAUUUAGAAAUAACUAGCUUUACAGAAAAUAAUAUACCCAUCACUCUGCCCUGUAUUGAGAAGGAGUUUGAAGGCAUCGAACCAUUUAUGACUGAUUAUCCAAUGAAUAUAAAUACCUCCAAAAAUCGUAAUACUCCUGUUAUUAUUGGGCACACAAACAACGAACUACCUUUCCUGUAUGGACUUGCUAAAGCAGAAUUUUUCUCAAACUAUGAUUUUAGUUUAAUUUCUAACGCUUUCGAUUUACAAGACAAUUGGGAAGGUGCUGUAAAUGACGUGAAACACUUUUACAUCGGAGAUGAGCCACUUAGUGAAAUUGUAGCAGAUAAAAUAACUGAUUUUGCUUCAGACAUCAUAUUUAAUCACCCGACACAAAGAAUGGCUGAGAGACUAUUAGAUAUUGGCGCCAGGCCUGUCUACCGAUACCUUUUCUCGUACAGUGGUGGCAGGAAUUUGCUUAAAGUUCUAUCCAACUUGAAUUCAACAGGAGCCAUACAUGCGGAUGAACUUGGAUACUUAUUUGAUCUUGAAAUAUUUAGCAAAGAUGUUGCUCCGGAAGACCAGCUGAUGAUAGAUAGGCUGACGACGCUUUGGAUCAAUUUCGUCAAAUACGGAGAUCCAACACCUACCACGUCGGAGCUACUUCCAAUAAAAUGGGAGCCUAUUACGAAGACAAGCCAGCCUUACUUGAACAUCGACGCAAACCUCACAUUUGAAUCCAGGCCUUUACACGACAGGAUGGCGUUCUGGGAUCUCUUCUAUAAACUGUACAGAAAUCACCAUAAAUAUGAAGUUUCUAAACAAUAGAAAAAAAAUGUCUUUGAAAAAUUAUCAUUAUGCCCUUUUGGGUUUGACUGAAAUAAAAGAUUAGUUAUUU